AUGCAAGACACAAAGAUGCAAGACACAAAGACGCAAGCUACAAAUAUACCAAAAAAAAUAUCGCAAGAUAUAAUCAUGCAAGAUAUAAUAAUCCAAGAAGCAAUCAUGCAAGAUAUAAUCAUGCGGGAUAUAAUAACGCAGACGCAGGAAGUCAUCAUGAUGGAAACGAUUAUUGAAGAUCCGCCUGUACGAGAUAUUAUCAUGCAAGAUAAUAGCAUUAGUAUUGAGGAUUCUAUCAAGACGAGGGAAGAUAUUAUUAUGAGUAAUACCAGUACCAAUACCAAUACCAUUCCUAUCCAUGAAGAGAUAAGUUCUAUUCCCUCUGACACAUUGAUGGAAAUGGAAAUCGACGCAGUAGCAGUAGCAGUAGCAGGAACUCCAGAUACCAUCAUGGAAGAUCUAGUAUGCACCGCAAACUUAAAUCUAGAAGUACAAGUACAAGAAAGAUACAUGGCCGAGAUGGAAAUAGAUACCCCACUCGAGGAUAUAGAUACUAUCAUGGCAGAAGCAGUUCUAGGACUUGAACUAGAAGAUACGGUCAUGGAAGAUGUAAGUAAGAUUACUCCCACACAAAACCAAAACCAAAACCAAAACCAGAACCAAAAAAAAUCUUCCUCUACCCGCUGGAAACGCUAUGGAAAGAAAAACCAGUAG